UGAUGAAUGUAGAAGAAGUUUCUAGAGCUCUGUUGGGCUGAGGCAGCUGCAGGCUAAGCUAGCAGGGUUGGAAGCUGUCCGCGGAGAUGUUCGGGUGUCUGGUGGCCGGCAGGUUGGUUCAGACUGAUGCGGUGCAGGUCGCCUCUGAUAAAUUCGUCUUUAAUCUGGCGGAUUAUGAGAAUGUGAACCACGUGGUAGUGUUCAUGCUGGGGACCGUGCCUUUCCCCGCCGGAAUGGGAGGAGCCGUCUACUUCUCCUUCCCGGACCUGGUGAGCGGCGCUCCGGUGUGGCAGCUGCUCGGCUUCAUCACCAACGACAAGCCCAGCGCGAUCUUCAAGAUCUCCGGCCUCAAGACUGGGGAGGGCGGGGCUCAUCCUUUCGGCGUGAUGGCCUCCGUGUCACCGUCCGUGGCCCAGGUCGGCGUGUCCGUGGAAACUCUGGACCAGCUGGCACAGCAGAUUCCGGUGUCCAGCGCCGCCGUGUCCACGGUGGACACGUUCAUGCAGUUCACGCAGAAGAUGCUGGACAGCCUCUACAACUUCGCGUCAUCGUUCGCUCUGUCCCAGGCGCAGAUGACGCCGAACCCCACGGAGACCUUCAUCCCCUCCAGCUGCAUCCUCAAGUGGUAUGAGAACUUCCAGAGAAGGAUGGCUCAGAACCCGAACUUCUGGAAAAACUAAAUAAAAUCGGAACCAGAUGCAGUGCCUGCAUGGGAACAGUUUCGGACCCGCUCUCGGUCCCCACGGUGGCCAUGUGUGGGUUUCUGUGAUUGAGUGGGUCUGUGGAGAAAAGCCAGAACAGACUCAGAGUGCCUGCUGCUGUUUGAACAUCUGACAUGGCUCCUACAAAGGUUUCCUCCGCUUGUUUUCAUGUUCACUAAUUCACCAAAGCUUUGCUACCAACACAAAUGAUUCCUAAAUAAAACCUGAUCUGCCCUAAAACUCACCAUGUACUUAGUUUUUCCAUCAACAUCAUGUUCCCAUGAGACGGAACAUUUAAUUUAACGGGACAGAAUCUUUUGAAAAAUGAAGCUGUGCCUUUCAGUCAGAGUGCUCUCCAUAAGUGGGACUAAAGGUUAAUUAAACUGGACAUAGAACCCAUGUUCCAGUCACUGCACUAGAGCUUCACAGGGUUCCUACUGGAGCGUUUCACCUUGCAAAAUCUGCUGAGAAUGUUUUCAAUAAACACUGGUUACUUACUUUACUUUAAAUAAAGCAUGUUAUCCUUUUAUUUU